UCAUCAAUGAUCUAAGAUAAGAUCUUGAGCUCACCCAACUCAAAUGACUUCGCAAAUCUACAGCCAGAAGAAGUUCAUACCGACGCCGCCGGAGAAGGGCUCAUUUCCACUGGAUCACGAGGGCCUCUGCAAGAAGCAAUUUCUUCUAUACGCCAGCUGCCUGCGGCGUAACGCCCAGGACACGAGUCAGUGCCGCGAGGACGCCCAAAACUAUCUUGCUUGUCGCAUGGACAACAAUCUUAUGGAAAAAACCGAAUGGUCAAAGUUGGGCUUUCACGAUAAGAAACCGGCGCCAGAGGAAGACAAGCAAUAGUAGUCCACAAUGAAACCAGAACGUAAUGUGAUUAUAGCAGCCACAGGUAGCGUGGCAACCAUUAAGUU